UUGAUAUGGUCUGCAACGUCUAGCAAUGUUGAUGGAAGCCGGCGUGGCAGUGGCACUUAUCCCAUGUAAUGUAGGGAUUUAAUUAAAAGAAUCAUUCCUGCCCAACAUUUUCCCGCCAUGCUCUCUCUCAAUCCUAAAACCCUAUCCCCUUCCCCCUUCAAUCUCAGGUCCUUUCUAAUCCCCAAAAAACCCUCAAUCUCUUCUCCAUCCUUAUGCGUUAACUCCACAACUUGCUGUCAACCCAAUCAAAUUACCGAAAGGGGUAUCCUUUUCGACACCGGCGACACCUUUUUCCGCCACGAAAGCGCCACCGGCCGAGACCUCGGGGUCCUUUCAGCUGCACUCUACAAGCAAUCCAAAGGCCAAUUAAGAGUCCUCGAUGCAAUGUGCGGCUGCGGAAUCCGGUCACUUCGCUACCUCGUCGAAUCCAAAGCCGAUUUCGUGUUAGCCAACGACGCAAACGAGAGCCACAGGAGGGUUAUUUUGGAUAAUUUAGCACAAGUCGAGAGGUUGGAAGGGGAAAAAAAGAGAUGGGUAGUGACGCAUUGCGAAGCUAAUCGGAUUUUAACGGAUUGUUAUUUGCAAAGGGAUUAUUUUGAUUAUAUUGACUUAGAUUCGUUUGGGAGUGAUUCGUCUUUCUUUUUAAGGGCUGCGUUUAGCAGUUUGAAACUUGAUGGAUUGGUUUAUGUUACUUCUACUGAUGGGUAUUCAUCAGGCGGUCACCGCCCUUUUCAUUCAUUAUCAGCAUUUGGAGCAUAUGUUCGUCCAAUGCCGUAUGCAAACGAGCUUGGUUUGCGAAUCCUUAUAGGUGGUGCUGUGAGGGAGGCUUCUGUUCUAGGCUAUCGUGUUACCCCACUUUUUUCAUACUACUCUUACCAUGGACCUGUUUUCAGAGUCUUGCUCCGAAUGAAUCGAGGGAAGCUACCUGAGAAGAGGGAUUAUGGUUUCAUCUGCUACUGCAACCGCUGUGGAAAUUCUCAAGCAGUUUCAUGGGAUGAACUUGGUCAAAUCAGAUGUCCUUGCAAUAACUCAACAAAAGAUGCUGCAUCACUUGUUGUAUCAGGCCCUUUGUGGACAGGACCUCUUCAUAGUGGUGCUUAUAUCAUGGAAAUGUUAAAUUUGGCUGAGCAGUGGGGGUGGGUGGGCAAAGAUGCAGGGACUGGUCUAGAAAAGCUGCUGAAACGGAUGUUGGAAGAAAGUGACCCCAGAUUACCAUUUGGAUAUAUCAAACUGGAUGAGGUGGCUAGUCGUGCACAAACAAAUACUCCUUCCAUAAGUACUAUCAUGAGCAGCCUUCACAAGGAGGGGUAUGCAGCAAGUAGAUCACACAUUGCCCACAAUGCGAUCAAGACAGAUUGUCCAAUGGCAGGAUGCAUCAGGAUUGCCAAGAAAAUACACGGGUGCUAAGAAUUACAAGCUUUGAAGGCAUUAAUCUUAAGCUUGUAACAGCUAGGGAACAGAAGCUACUCCCUGUUGCCCUACCAGCUGUUAUACUCAUUUGACGAAGAAAAGCACAUUGCAACUCAGCUCUGAACAACCAGACAUUUGUAGUCAGAUGGAUAGAGUUGUUCUAGCUUGUUUGAGUCUUGGAACAGAUUUUGCCACUCGCUUGGUUAGAGAUGGGAUUCGAGUAUGUACAAGUAAUGCAGAGUUGGGGGUACUCGAGUUUGAGUUGGCAACCAAUCACACCGGGAUCUGUUGAAUCUAAAGAUUCAAGCUAACCUUAAAUUGUUUGGAUCAAGAAUAUAUCACAUCUGACCAACUUUUGCGCGUUCUAUGUCAGAAUGAAAGCCUUUAUAAAGCGUUAAAGAAUUCCAGUCUGAUGCCCUUUGAUUCCUACACUACAUUUUGAAAUAAAAUUAUAUAAUACCA